AUGGCUUCCCUUCUUCCACAUUUUCUUUUGUUAUGUAUUAUUUUCUUUUGUUGUAGUUCCAGUGUGUUUGUUGAAUCUACAGUUUCCAAAACCAAAACUUUUCAAUUCAAAAUAGAAGGCGACGUUAAUGAAUACUAUUUCGGGGGAUCAGGCGAAAACGGGGCUGAUUAUCGUUUGGUCCAAUUGAAACAUGCUUUCGUUUACCCGUUCGCAUUGUAUUUCUAUAACACCACACCGAAUGCAUUUUUUUUCGGAAUAGGUGCUACUGAAUUCGAUGAUCUCAUGACAAUUCGUUGGGUUUGGACUGCCAAUCUCAACGACCAUGUUGGCGAUAACGCUACUCUCACGUUUGGUCGUGAUGGUAACUUAGUCCUUGCAAACGCUGAUGGUCGUAUCGGUUGGCAAACUAACACAACAAACAAAGGUGUUACUAGUAUUUCUAUGAAACCUAGUGGGAAUCUAGUACUUCAUGAUAAAAAGGGAAGAUUUAUUUGGCAGAGUUUCCAGCAUCCAACUGAUAGUCUCUUAGUAGGCCAAUCACUGGAGCUCAACUCUGGCACAAAACUCGUUAGCCAUAAUUUGCGUUAUAGUAUGAUGACUGACGACAAAAAAGGAUUAAUAAUGUUGCUAAACACUUCAUCAAAAUUCAUUCAAUAUGCAGGUUGGGGAGCAAUGGGUCUCUUAAAUGCAACAUUGCAUGCCGUUCAAAGAGUCAAUCUAGUUCAACCAAAUUCUGAUGCAAUGGCAACUGGUAAUACUACUUUCUUCUUAACCCUCGGUUUCGCUAAGCAAACAAGAAGAGUUAUACUUAACACAAUAGAUUCAGUAUUUACUUUCGCAUUUCUUAGGUUAGAAUCGGAUGGAAACCUAAGACUUUAUGCCUUUGUUCUUAUCGAUGCUGGGCCUGAUAUUCGUAGCUUUAGAGCGUGGGUAACACCGUAUGCAUUUUUUGGAGAUACUGUGAAAGAAUGUGCGUUAGAUUCAAAAUGUGGUUCAUCUGGGAAAUGUGAUAGGAAAUUAUGUAGCGCUUGUCCUCGUAACAGUACAUCAGGAUGCUUGAUCACUCCACGAAGAAAAUGA